AUGGGAGCACAACCUCCUUCAACCGUGUUACUGGGUACGGCGCGUAUUUUGGUUAGGGAUUCGCGUGGAAACGAACAAAGCGUCCGUGCACUGCUGGACAGCGGAGCCCAAAAUAGCUUUAUAACGCGACAAUGUUGUCAGCGCUUAGGCUUAGUAAUAAAUAGGUCACUUGCAUGUCCUGUAGUCCAAGGCAUCGGAGGUACUAGUAAAGCUACCCAGGGAUAUAUAAAUUUAAAAUUUUAUUCUCGGAUAGAUCGUAAUGUUAACUUUGAUAUAAAUGCACUAGUAGUGGAUAGGGUCACUGAACGGUUGCCAACCGUUUCGGUUGACACCUCGGCAAUGAUUGAAUUUAAAAAUUUGACUCUAGCGGACGACACUUACGCCGUUCCUGGAAACAUAGACAUGCUCAUUGGAGCAUCGCUUUUCCCUCAUCUUUUGUUAAACAAUAAGGUCAGGGGCAACUCCUCGCAUACCGCGCCUUACGCACUGGAAACCGUAUUGGGCUAUGUUAUCGUUGGCUCCGCCCCCAUCAUAGAUAGUAUUUCGGCAACCUCUUAUUGUGGUAUGGCUGUCGAACCGCUCGAGUCGUUAGUCCGCAAAUUGUGGGAGAUGGAGGAGGUGAACCUCCCACCCAUAGCUAGCUCAGAUGACAGAUUAUGCGAGGAAAUUUACGUCCGCACGACCGUUCGUGAUCGCGACGGUAGAUAUAGUGUAGCGCUGCCCUUUAAAGGAGAUGUUUUAUCUCUCGGCGAUUCGCGUAAAAUGGCGGAAAAACGUUUCUACAGCUUGGAGCGUAGGAUGCUCGCUUCACCCCAGUUAAAGGAAGCUUAUGACGGCGUCAUUAACGAAUAUAUAAGAGAAGGUUACAUAUCACUCGUGGUUUCGAAAUUAGAUAAUUACGAAGACACACCGUCGUAUUUCAUACCACACCACGGGGUCAUUAGGGAGGACAAACUUACAUCUAAGUUACGUGUAGUGCUCGACGCUACUGCUAAAACUAGCACGCACCUGUCGCUUAACGAUAUCCUCUAUAGUGGGCAAAAUUUACAGGGCAGUUUAUUUAAUAUAAUAGCCAAUUUUCGUUUGUUUAGUAUAGCACUAUCCGCCGAUAUUCGCCAAAUGUUUCUUUGCAUAGGGGUCCGUGAAUGCGACCGUAGAUUCUAA